UUACAUAGAAGUUAAGUAUGAUACAGCAUUUGAUUAUGAGAUAAACAAGAAAUAAGAAUAUUUUGGUGUUUCCCGGACUAACAGAGAGUGGAUAAAGACCGAAAAAAUGGCAAUGCGAUUAUCUUUCUCAGAGAAGGACCUCUUAUGUCCUUUGUGCAAACGUAUCUUCGUGGAUCCUGUCAUGUUGUCUUGUAGUCAUGACUUCUGUAGGGUUUGCUUGGCAAAAUGCUGGGAGAAGAAAAAGAAACCUAAAUGUCCUUUGUGCAAGAAACGGUCUUCCAAAACAUUGCCUCCGCCAAACCUGCACUUAAAGAUGUUGUGCGACAGAUUUCAACUAGAGAAAAAUAAUCCAGCUGCAUCUGAGAUCCUGUGCAAGCUGCAUGAAGAGAAACUCAAACUCUUCUGCCUCGAGGACAAACAGCCAGUGUGUGUUGUGUGUAAAGACUCAAAAAUACACAGCAACCACAAUUUCCGACCACUGGAAGAAGCAGCGCAAGAACACAGGGAGGAGGUUGAAACUAAACUGAAACCCCUGCAAGACAAUCUUGAUUCGUUCCUAAAGGCAAAACGGACUUGUGAUCUUAACAUUCAACACAUUAAGAGCCAGGCUCAGCACAUAGAAAAGCAGAUUAAGAGCGAGUUUGAGAAACUUCGCCAGUUUCUGCAAGAUGAAGAGACGAAGCAAUUAUCUGCACUGAGGAAGGAGGAGAAAGAAAAAUCCCAGGCGUUGGAGGAAACCUCUGACUUCAUAACCAAAGAGAUUUUACAACUUUCAACAACCAUCAAAUCUAUCCUAAAAGAAUUAGAGACAGAGGAUACGUCUUUCCUAAUGAACUACAAAGCUACUCUGGAAAAAACUAAAUAUGACCUAAAGGAAACUAAAAAAGAGUCAGAAUCACUGAUUAAUGUGACAGAGCAUCUGGCCAACCUGCAGUUUAGAGUAUGGGAGAAGAUGAAGGAUAUAGUUGAAUACUAUCCUGUGAUUCUAAACCCGAACACCGCACAUCCACGUCUCAAUCUGUCUGACGACCUGACUAUGUUUGUGUGCCAAGAUCAACACAAGCAGCUUCCUGAAAAUCCAGAGAGAUUUGAACAUCAUUUGUGGGUCCUAGGCUCUGAGGGAUUUAACUCCGGGACUCACAGCUGGGAGGUCGAGGUGGAAAACAGUGCGGAAUGGGCAUUAGGUGUUGUGACAGGCUAUAAAACAAGAGGUUUCUACUAUGUAGGUGUAUGGAAAAGCCAUUACCAAAACGUUAGGUAUGGUGCCAGUGCCUCUAACAAUUCUACCACCAUCCUCGAUUUGAAGAAGGACCUGCAGAGGAUCAGAGUAGAGCUGGAUUGUGACCAUGGACACAUCUCAUUCUCAGAUCCAAUCACCGGCCACAAUCUAAAAACCUUUUGGUACAAUUUUACAGACAGAGUUUAUCCAUACUUCUGCAAUCAUUGUGUACUUUACCCUCUGAGGAUUUUACCAGAGGAUACUUUCGUCACGGUAGAACAGACUGUUUACAGUGCAUAUAGGGUUGAUUGUGAGAGCAGUGACUCCUCUGCUUAGCUGUGGACAUGGUUGCAAAUAAGAAAACGGGUAAAAAUCUUGAUGCUUAGAAUUAAGGACAACAGAUUUUUUCCCCCACUAGUCACAGGAAUGGCAUUUUAAUGCUUGGUAGGCCAGUUUAACGAGGCAAAUGUACACAUUUAUAAAUAAAAUCUAAAAUACACAAAAAAAGCAUUUGCUCUAUUGUUCGGAGUUGUGAUCUCCCAACGAUGCUACAGCUAUCUGUGGCUAAGAGUCAAGGGAGUACAAUUGGCCUUGCUGUCUGGGUUGGAGGGUCGGCAUAAUCUCUGUCUCCCCUGUCAAUCAAACGAGACACUAGAGAAUCAUGUCUGUCUGUGAGCUCAUGCAUGCUGAAGAGGGCAGAUAGACCUUUCUUCGGAGUGUGAUAUGUUGCCCUGUGAUGCAGCAUGAGCAGCAGUUUAAAAUGAUGCAGUUGGCUGGCUUUUCACGUGUCUCGGAGGAAGCCUCUGUUAGCUGUCAAGAGAGUUCGAGGGUGGGAAUCAAACAAGAAAAAAAUAUUUUUGAAUUCUGCCUUUUAUAGUUGCAUAUCAUAAUCUGUUAGCAGCACAGAGUGUAAACACAUGUGUAAUAACACUACCCACACUGGACGGUCUAAUGAAGUGGAUGCUUAGAUCGAUCUCUAUGUACUCGAGAGAAAGAGAGAGAGAGAGACUCGAGAGAAAUAGAGGAAAACACAUGGGAUGCUAAUG